AAAAAAAAAAAAAAAAUGAACAUUUUGAACUUUCUGUGUAAACAUUGUGAUAAAUAUUACGAUAAACUAAAAUAACUUGGGAAAUUAGCAUGCUCUCAUUUAUGUUCGAUUACCAGUGAACGACACUAGCGUGUAUUUACUAAAAGUGGUUAUAAUGAAUUACCUCUUUUUAUUUAUAACUAUUGUACAAUUUUUUAUGUCAGUCCGGUGUUUAUUUCACCGGUAUCCAGAAAUUGAUUUGGGUGAGCGCGAUGGGGACGAUGCAGGUGAUCCGCUGUUCCUUACACAGUACAUAGAGAGCGGGAAUAUAACGGAGGGAAGGCGGUUAGCGCGGGUUCCAUUCACUGAGAGUUUGAAUAUUAAAAGUUACGCCGGCUACUUCACAGUCAACAAAACGUAUGACUCCAAUCAGUUUUUCUGGUAUUUUCCGGCUAUGGUAUCUGACAAUAAGUACGCUCCCGUGGUGGUGUGGUUGCAGGGCGGCCCGGGAGCUACUUCCCUCUAUGGGCUUUUUACAGAAAAUGGACCCAUUAAAGUUUUAAAUGAGAAAUUUGUACGCCGCAAAUACAACUGGGCGCUGAAUCACCAUAUCAUUUAUAUAGAUAACCCUGUAGGUACUGGUUUUAGUUUUACCAAUGAUGUCAAAGGAUACUGCACUGAUCAAGUACAGGUGGGUGAGCAACUAUACUCCACUGUGAUACAAUUCUUGCAAUUGUUCCCUGAACUGCAAAAUAAUAAGUUUUUCGUCACCGGAGAGUCGUAUGCGGGGAAGUAUGUUCCAGCCCUGGCCUACACCAUCCACAAGAAAAACCCUGAUGCAAAGUUAAAGGUAAACUUGAAGGGCAUUGCGAUUGGGAAUGGUCUAAGUGAUCCCGAACACCAGAUGGUGUACAGCAAGUAUUUGUACCAAAUUGGUCUGAUUGAUUGGAAUCAAGAGAAAGUAUUCUCCGAAUAUGAGGCGCAAACAGUGAAGUACAUACAGCAGGGACAAUGGGAGGAAGCAUUCAACACAUUUGAUGACCUCCUCAAUGGUGAUUUAAUUAAUGGGAGCAGUAUAUUUCACUCUAUGACAGGCUUUAAUUUUUACUUCAAUUAUCUCCAUACGAAAGAUUACUCUGAUGAAGGGUUCGGUAAAAUGAUUCAGAAGAGCUCUGUACGUAAACAGAUCCAUGUGGGAAACAAGCCAUUUAAUAAUGGCACUGAAGUCGAAAAGCAUUUGAAGCAAGACGUCAUGAAGUCCGUUGCACCUUGGGUAUCAGAGUUGCUGGACAACUACUAUGUAGUGAUCUACAAUGGACAAUUAGAUAUUAUUGUUGCAUAUCCAUUGACUGUGAAUUACUUGAGGAAUCUGAACUUCACAGGGUCUGAAGAGUAUAAGACAGCGAAGAGGUAUAUAUGGGAAGUGGAUGGUGAGGUAGCAGGAUAUGUGAAGCAGGCUGGUAAACUUGUUGAGAUACUGGUGAGGAACGCCGGUCACAUGGUGCCAGGAGAUCAGCCAAAGUGGGCACUCGACUUGAUUACUCGGUUUACACAUGAGAAAACCUACACUGAACAUAAUCAAAGAAUUAGAUUUUAAGUUUAAUGAUUGUUUCUAAGUAUGGAUAGAAUCUUUGUACUUUUGUAUAAUUUUUUUUAUUAAUUAGCUGAUUUAUUGUUUGUUAUUUGCUUAAGUCUAAACUCAUAAAAAUUUGGCCUUCACUUCCUUAGUAUCUGUCAAAAUAAUUUGUUUACAAGUUAUAGACUGUUUUUUAUUAUAUUUAUAUUAAAAGUUGCAAUUUAGAUGGUUUUUUUUUUCAAAUUUCACAUGCUUUUUCAUCAGGAUAGUUUAUGGGAUAGUUCUUGUUUCUGAAACUAAUGUAUUUUAGAUGUAAUAAGUAUAAAAUAAAUUUUUAAUUUGUAAUCAAACUACAUUGUUAUAUUUAUAUAAAAAAUCGUGUUAAACAUGACCUUAUUUUAUUGUUUAUUUGAAACUUGAUUCUACCUAUGACUGCUCUCUGCUAACUCAGGUGUGACAUCAUUGUUCAGUGCGUACAUACCUACUUAUUGUUAUUACAUUUAUAUGUAUGAAUAUUUUAAACAAUAUAAUUUUUGAAAAUAAUGA